AUGCCACUGAUUAAGCGGUCAAUCUCACCAGUAGAUGUCAGUCGGGUAAAAAUACCUCCAGAAGUGACAAAUGGAGAACUUCAGUACAUCGCGAAUAGUUCACUGGCGAACCUCAUUAGGCAGCUGAGUUCCAUCAGCAAACAUGCCGAGCACAUAUUUGGCGAGAUCUACUUGGAAGCAAUGAAACUGGAUCAUAAAUCGAAUACACUUGAAAAGCGGAUAGCAAACCUCACGGAAAAGGUGGCGAAGUUGGACUCGACCAAUGAGCAAGCCAGUUUGGGCGAACUGCAAAUGAGAAAGCCGUUCAAAAGUUCUAUGCUUGUUGAUCAGCAUACUCUCGAUCGAAGCACUCUGCCAGUAGCACUGGCUGAAGUUUAUUCUCGCUGUGAUCCUCCGCCCAACUUAGAUGCUCUUAAUCCGUUCAGAGAUCCUGGUGCACCUCGCGCUCUUAGCCUUUAUACCAACCCAUCGUUCUUCUUCGACUUGUGGAGACAAGAAAUGUUAAAGGACUGCGCAGACAACAGCGCCAGAAGACGAAUUAGGUCACCUCCUCCUGACGGUGUACCUAAUGUGAAAAGUCCGAAAAAGCGAAAACAAAAAGCACCUCCACAGCAGCAAGAAGUUCCAAGGCAACAAGCUGCUAGGUAUAUGUCCUCGUUACGGAAUCCUACGGCUGCUUUAUCAUUCCCAGACGAAUAUCAAGCGCCACAAGCAUUGGGUCUGCAGCUGCACAAGACCAGCCAAAUCCAACACUUUCAGCCUGCUCAAACAUCUACUCCUUUACUGCAACAAACAACUACGACUACGCGACCAGCUCCUACCGUAGAGAACCGUCAAAGGGCCACUAUUAGUCCACCUAAAGAACCAAAGCGUGAACUUCCUCCUCCGGACUUGGCUUUGUUAUCUAUUGAUGAUGAAGAUGAAGAACUACCACCUCCUCCACCUACCUUGAUGCACACUAGUGUAGUGCAUCAUUUGCCAUCACCACCUCCAAGUGCAAUUCAACUCGUCCCAAGCGACGCUCAAGCUGUCGUGCCACCUCCACCGGCUCCUCCACCACCACCACCGACUCUUAUGUCUGCUCCAGCCCCUGCAGCUGCAACCUUUGGCGGAGCCAUUAAAGCGACGACGGAGGCUGAAGAGGAGAAGAAACCGGACACACGAAGUAAUCUUCUUGCUGAGAUUCAGAGUGGAAUUAAACUGAAGAAGGUCCGUCUUGCCGAAGAAGCGGCCGCAGAUAAAGCUGCUGCUGAGACAAACGAUGUAGCAGCGAUCUUAAAGCGAAGAAUGGAACAUGUGAUGGGAAAUGAUGAUGAAGAAUCACAGAGCAGUGGUGAUGACGGGGAAUGGGAGGACUAG